AUUGAAUGGGAUUACUAACCAGAUAGAUAGGCUUAAAUUACUAUAUAUUAAAUUCAGCGAGUACCUCAUUAAUUAGUAGUAACAGUUAUUGAUUUGUAGUGUAUAUCAUAGAGAUGAUUUUGAGGAUCGUCACAGAUAUAGGUUCAUUUGAUUGGGAACUCGAAAAUUCACUAAACAUUACUUUUAGAGAAGUUCUGGAGGCUAUGAAUCAAGUUCUUCCAGAUGUUUCUGUUACAGCUUUUGAGUACGAUGACGAAGAUGGUGAUAGAAUUACUGUCAGAACAGACGCGGAAAUGUCUGCAAUGCUUGCAUUUCAAAAAUCUUCAAUAAAUGAAACAAACUUAAACUUGCCAUUUAACAUCUAUCCAAAAUACAAUAAGUCAUGCGAAAAGAAUGUUUUUGGUCUUAAAGUCGAAGUUUCAGGGACUAGCCAUAAUCCUGCACCAACAUUACCUCCAGUGGACUACAGAAAAGACACUGAAAUGAAAGCUAUUAAUUCAAGCGAUUUAAACGAAAUAAUGUCAUGUGGAAAUGUAAGUGCGGCUGACUUGCAGGAAAUUGAGGUUUUUGGUAAAGGAGCAAGCGGAAUUGUUUAUAGAGCAUUACAUAUUUUAUCUGGAUGUGAAAUGGCUGUAAAAACAAUAGCUUUAGACGCAACGCAAGAUGAACAACGACGCAUAAUUGCUGAACUAGAGAUUUUGUAUAAGUGUAAUUCUCCCAAUAUUAUUGGUUUCUACGGUGCCUUUUUCGUUGAAAAUCGGAUAUCAAUAUGUACAGAAUAUAUGAAUGGAUGCUCCUUAGAUAGAUAUGGUCAAAUAGAAGAAUCGAUACUAGGUCCAGUUGCAGUAUCCAUUAUAGAGGGUAUAUCUUAUUUAUCAGGAUUAAAAAUUAUGCAUAGAGAUGUUAAACCAUCUAAUAUACUAGUAAACACAAAAGGCGAGAUAAAAUUAUGCGAUUUUGGCGUUAGUACUCAACUUGUUAAUUCAAUUGCACAAACGUACAUAGGAUCUAAUGGUUAUAUGGCCCCGGAAAGAAUUAAUGCUCAAGGUUAUGAUAUCAAAUCCGAAGUAUGGAGUAUUGGAGUGUCUGUUUUUGAAAUGGCUUUGGGUAAAUUCCCAUAUCAUUUAGUCUUCCCCGUACCAAAGGAAGAAAUUAAGUUGAUGGAAUUACUCACUUUUAUCGUGACUAAACCACCACCCUUGCGACUGUUGAGAGCAAAAAAGUGUAGUAACGAAUUAAUUGACUUUAUUGCUGUAUGUUUACAAAAACAACCAGAAAAUCGACCAUGUCCCAAUAACUUAAAGAAUCACUGUUUUCUAGAAAAAUACUUGAAUUUUUCACCCGGAUUUGUUGCUGAUUGGGUAACCUCAAAAAUGUUCAAUUUACAAAUGACAGUGAACUAA